UGUUUGGCCACAACAAUGUCGAGCAGUGGAGGCACCAGCUACUUUGUGAUCGUCGGGGCGAAGGACAACCCGAUCUACGAGCUCGAUCUCGCUGCGGCACCAACGGCGGGCUCGGCUGUGGCUGCAAAGACCGGCGCCAGUGCUGCUGCUGGGGGAGCAUCGGGAGGAGCGUCCGGAGCAGGGCAGCAGCAGCAGCAGCAGCAGCAGCAGGCGACUUCAUCUGUGCUGAACGGACCAAGCGUCUCGUCCGUCGCCGCUGCGUCCUCGCUCGCCGUGUCUGCUCAAGCCGCACCAGUGACUGCAGGGAAAGAAGAAAACAAACCUCUCAAUCAAUUUGUAUUGCACUCUGCACUGGACAUUGUGGACGAGGCAAUGUGGACGACCAACAACAUGCACCUCAAGGUAGUGGACAAGUAUAACGAGCUGUUCAUUUCAGCGUUUGUGACAGUGGGGAAUGUCCGGCUGAUGCUGCUGCACGACGCCAAGAACGACGAUGGCAUCAAGAAUUUCUUCCAAGAAGUGUACGAAGUGUACAUCAAGGUACUACUGAAUCCGUUCUACGAGCCCAACACACCAAUAUCGUCGCCGGCUUUCGACGCAAAGGUUCGAGCGUUUGCGAAAAAGUUCUUGUGACCCUUUUUGUUUUCGCCUGAUUGUUCCCGUUGCACGGGGUUUGGCCCUUCGACUGUAGAUGUAGAGUACUUAAUGAAGGAUAUAUUGAUGCAUC